AUGGCGUCGUCUAACGGUAAAGAAAGUGGUAAAAUAACUGCCUCGAUAGACAGUUUGAAGUUAUCAAAUAAGAAUACAUCAAAACAUGCAUCGUCAGAAUCAGUUCUGUCGAAGAAAGACAAGGAAUGUCUGCAAAUGCAGGAGUGUAAGAAGAAGCUUCUCGCUAUGGAGCCACAAAUAAUUAUUAGGGAUGAGAAUGUGGUGUUACGUUCACCGCCUCAGAAGAAAAUCGUCAUGCCUCCAACGAUCAAUCCUGAGGAACUAGCAGCCGCUACACCGACAGAGAGGAAUUGGCGUGGAAUCCUCAUAGCGCUCCUGGUCAUCGCAGCAGUUCUGGGUCUGAUCGUCUUCAGCAUAGCGUUGCUUACCCCAGCGGGGGACGAUGGCAGGGGGCGUGGCAGACGACCGACUCUUGCUGACGUCCUGGCAGAACAUUAUAAACCCUUUAAUGGUACAUGGCUUACAGAUGAGGAACUGGUGUUCAGAGACAGAUGGGGGGGAUUGACCCUCUUUAAUGUCAAAAACUUCACAACUAGGCUGCUUAUGAAUAAUUCUACAUUUAGGGAAUUAAACGCAGUUGACUUCAAAGUGUCAGCAGAUUUGAAGUUCGUCCUCCUUAUCUCCGACGUGAGGCCAGGCUGGAGGCAUGCUCGCCUCGCGAGAUACCAUGUGUACGAUGUUAUUACAAGGAACAAAAUCCCAAUAUCUCCGAUAGAAGAUGACAGAUCGGCUCCGCUGCUGCAGUACGCCGAGUGGACGCCGACUGGUUCGGGUCUGGUCUACGUGUAUGACAACGACAUCUAUUACAAGCCCAAGGUGCUGAAGGCUCUGGUCUGCAGGAUCACAAGCAAUGGUAUCCCAGGAGUCAUCUUUAACGGUGUCCCAGAUUUCUUAUACGAAACGGAAGUGCUAAGACUAGACCGAGCGCUUUGGUUCAGCCCUGACGGCCAGACUCUAAUGUACGUGACAUACAACGACUCCGAGGUUCAACAACACAAGUACCCGUGGUACGGGCUGGACCAGCAGGAACCGCCAGCUUAUCCGACGAUCAGAACAUUGAGGUAUCCCAAGAUGAACACAAAUAACCCCGUAGCGACGAUCUACGUCGUCAGCAUCAAAACACCUAAGUUUCUAUUUCCGCACGCGAUACAGUUCAAUCCUCCAGUUGACGACAGUUGGUACGUGCGCUGGUCGAGUUGGAUAUCAGAACGGCAGAUAGCUGUUCUGCUGCUUAAUAGGCCGCAGAAUGUUUCAAUCAUCAGCAUUUGUAAUGCGGUUCAAUAUAAUUGUCAGGAUAUUUAUAGAGAUGAAACAGAUGGCACGCGCUGGUCUGGUCUUGGAUCAGAUCCAGUGGAGGAGGAUUGUGGGUGGUGCGGAGGGGGUGCCCUCGUUGGAGGAAAGAGUGGUGUGUUUACCACCGCGCCCAUUACAGACCAGGGAGGUAUAUGGAGGCAUGCAGUCCACCUGACCCAGGAUACCAGGACAACUAUCACUCAAGGAAAUUUCGAGAUUACGCAGUUGGUUGGAUGGGAUGAAAGACGAAGAUUUUUGUAUGUAAUCGGAACGGCACCAGACAAAGCUGGCGAGAGGCACGUGUACCGAGUGUCAGUCCCAGCGGACGGCUGGCCGCCGCCGCCGGUCUGCCUCACGUGCCCGGGGGCCGAGCUCGACACCACUGUCGAACCCAGUACUGAGGAAACGGUAUAUGACAAUGUGACAUCCUCACUACCCGCGUGGCCGACGUCAACGGUCCUGCCACAUGUUGCUGAUGAAAACGACUCUCUACCAACCGUCUGUUUGUACAAUCGCGUUAUGUUUAGUAAAAACUUCUCCUAUUUCGUUCAGGAGUGCCUGGGCCCCGCGCCGCCCGCCACGUUCGUGCGCGCGGCGGCGGGCGGGCGGCGCGCCGUGCUGUGGGACGGCGCGCCGCUGCGGGCCAAGUUCGCCGCGCUCGCCGCGCCGCAGGCCAAAGUCUUCCGGGUCGAGGUGCAAGCGCACAGAGAGGCGCGCGUUCGUCUCCUACUGCCGCCCGGCCUCCGGGACACAGAUGACCUUCCACUGCCAUUAGUUUUACACGUGUCGGCAGAGCCGGGCGGACAGUUGGUGACUGAGAGAUGGCGACCAGACUGGAGCUGGUAUCUGGCGACGGCUAGGAACUUCAUAGUCGCUGAGAUUGACGCGAGGGGAUCUGGGGGACAGGGCGAAGAGCUCAGAACUGAAAUAUAUCAAAGAUUGCUGUCAGUCGACGUCGAAGACCAAAUAGCUGUUCUUUCCUACCUGCGCGACAACCUCAAGAUGGUGGACGGCGCGCGCGUGGGCGCGUGGGGGCGCGGGCUGGGCGCGGGCGCGGCGCUGGCGCUGGCGGCGGGCGACGCGCGCAACCUCACGCGCUGCCUGGCGCUGCUGGCGCCGCUGGCCGACCUGCGCCACCACAACUCGUACUGGACGGAGCGCUACAGCGGGCGGGGCGCGGCGCCGGCGCUGUGGCGGCGCGCCGGCAACCUGCCGCCGCGCCGCCUGCUGCUGGCGCACGCCACCGCCGACCUGCGCGCGCCGCCGCUGCACGCGCUGGCGCUCGCGCGGGCGCUCGUGCGCGCGCAGGCGCUCUACGCGCACCAGGUAUAUCCCGACGAAGGUCACGACUUUGAGCGUUCAUCGCUUCACGUCCACAAAACAAUGGAACAAUUCUUCGACGAGUGCUUUGGACCGGUCGAGCUAGCUGACUGGGAUACGGGCGGAGUGGGCGGACUCUUCCCUUUUCGAGACUAAUAGGAGAAGGGAGACUCCUAUAGGGAAUAUCUAGUUAAAGCUGAAACCAUUCGAAAAUGAUUUCAGAAUAAUGUUCAAUGUAAAAGCCCUUUUUAACAAUUGAAAUAAAGAAGGCAAUCGAAAUGACAUUGAAAUGCAAAAACAGCAUUGCAGUAACUUGAAAGAUAGUCUUUUUCAAUUGCGUCACAUAAGAGGUGAUUAUGAAAUGUAUGACAACUUAAAUUCUAAAUUAUAUUACUCAAUAUUUGAGUAUGAUAUUCGGUAACUUAAAUAAACGAAAAAUAAAAAAAUAAUGAUAAACUCAUUUUGAUUAAUACUGAUUUAAAAAAAAAUCUCUUUUAUGU